AUGGAACCAACACCUCAGCGUCACAAAUCCCAUGGAAAACGUCGUGCGAUGGAAGAGCAAGCCGAAGAUGAUCGAAAUGAAGACGAAGACUUUGGGUCGGAAGAAGAAGAUGAGGAGCUGAAGAAUGGACUUCUCGAGACAGAGAGACCAGAGGAAAGUGACGCUGAACCCCCCUCUGAAGAUCAGGAGGAUCGUGAGGAUGAAGAGGACGGUGCUGACACCGAUAGUCCUCAACAUCAUAGACGUACAAAAACUCAUGGUUUCCGGUAA